CUCAACACUGCUUUAGAAUUAACUAGGAUCGACGCUCUGUUUAAAUCGCAUCUUUGAAAAUAGUAUAUAUUAAUUAAUGCUGUCUAAGUUAAGCAUAAAAUAUAUAGAAUUGUUAACGCAAUUAAAGAGAAGAAUGUGAAAAACAAAAAAAGGCAUACAAUUAAAUCGAAUAAAUAUUUGCGCGCGUGAACCGCAAAGAAGCAACAACAAACUCAGGAUUACAAUAGCAAUCAAGUGGUAAAAAUAUGGAACACGCUGAUUUGGCGCAAGUUGAGCCGCAUAUUGACUACAAAACCCCAAAGAAAACAAAUUCAAUUCUGGAUAGCGAGGCAUUAUUGGAGAAAAUCAACAUUUUAACUACCAAACCGGAGAAUCAAUCGCACAAUGCACAAAAGCUGCCUACUAUUAAAGACUUCGCCAUCAUCAAACCCAUCAGCCGUGGUGCCUUUGGCAAAGUCUUCCUCGGCUACAAACACAACGAUCCCAACAAACUGUUUGCCAUCAAGGUGAUGCGCAAAUCCGAGAUGAUCAAUAAGAAUAUGGUCUCCCAGGUGAUCACGGAACGUAAUGCUUUGGCCUUGUCCCGCUCCCCUUUCUGUGUAAAUCUGUUCUACUCUCUGCAAUCGCUGAGCUCAGUCUACUUGGUCAUGGAAUACAUGGUUGGUGGAGAUCUUAAAUCGCUGCUGGCGAUGUAUGGCUACUUUGACGAGGCCACAGCACGCUUCUAUGUGGCUGAAAUUGUGAUGGCGCUGCAGUAUUUGCAUCAGCAUGGCAUUGUGCACCGCGACAUUAAGCCGGAUAACAUGCUGCUCUCGGCCACGGGUCAUGUGAAGCUAACAGACUUUGGUUUGAGUAAGAUUGAAAUGCGCAGGGAUCUGGAGAUAUCGGAUCUGAUCAAUUGCUCGCCUAAUUUGAAUGCACGCACGCCAGGGCAACUCUUGUCGCUCACAUCUCAUUUAUCCUUUGGCUCGGAAAAAAAGGCGCAGGAUUUCGGUAGUUGUGGUGUCGUGGGCAGCAACAGUGCUUUGUUGCCAGUACCUGGAACGGGAACCUCACAUCUAAUGCAGGCCAUCAAUAAGCAUAGCUUGAUCAUGGAGUCGUCGGACAGCGAGGCUGACACAUCGCUCAACGAUGCGGAGAAGACGAGUGAUAGUAAAAUCUCUGGUGUAUCGCCGUUCUUCUCGGCAGAGGAAGUCAACGUGUCCAUCACGCACACCUGCAAUACCAACACCAAUAAUCUACUGGACAGCAGCGCAUCAUCGUAUCACACCUGCACUUCUGCGGAGAUUAGCAAGAGUUCGCCGCCGUUGGAGGAGGCAGCAGUAGCAACAGCCGCGAGCGGUGCUCCGGCGACCAGCAAGCGACGUGUUGAGUUCGCCUUGGAUGUGAUCAGUGGCAGUGGACGCGGCAAUUGCGAGGGCUGCAAAUUGGCCGAGCAGGACAAGCAAAGCAUUGUUGCUGCCAGCAGCGGUGGCAGCAGCAGCAGCGACUCUAAAGAAAUCGCCAAGUUGGAAAAAACAAACGAAGUUUCGUUUGAGUUUUCCAUGGUGCGCAGGCGUUCGCUCGACGAGCGCAAUCGGAAUUUGAAGCUGCAGGAGGAUUCUGGCGUCUCGAGUCGCAAGGGGGACGACAAUUCCAGCUGUCAUCUCAAUCUAAACAGCGAAAGCACUGCUUCGUCCAUUGAAAAAAAUCAGGAAAAUCUCAGCCAGUCGAAGGAGGAAUCCAGCUGCUCCGAUUACUCGCGCAGCUAUAACCUGACGAAUAAUGGCAAUGAAAUCAGCGGCAUUCAUAUGAAUUCACCAUUUCGCAAUCUCUCUAAACAUUUCAAGCGUCCCGAAUUUUUGCGAGGCAUGAAGCGUAAAAUCAAUCUUGUCAAUCGAUCGGAUAACUUAUCUAGUAUGGAGGUUGACGUUGCUGGUAAUGCGAGCGGCAGCUCAGGACUCACCCAAGAGAUCGAGAUUCUCAACAUUGGUAGCAGCACGCCAAAGAAACGCAAGGCACGCUCCUCUCCUAUACGCGGUGUGCUCAAGGUGCGUUCGCUGUCUGAUGAGGAGUUACCUAUGCAACAUCUGCUCGGUCCCGAGACCAGCGUGGCCAAUGUUGUCUUCUCGACCCCCGUGUCCUCGCAAAAAUUGCCACGUCGCGAUGGCGGCUUAUUGGGCAAAUUGAAGGCGACUCGUUUUGCUUUGCCGCUUUCAAUUGAGAACAAGAAGCGUGAGCACGCAGCCAAGGAGAAAUUGUCCGCAGUGCAGUAUCACCUGAAGCUGGCUGAUGAUCCCACUAUGUCGCCGAUCAACCAUGGCGUGGGCAAUGUGCCGAAGACGCCAAAGAACACCAACAUGAAUGUAAAUACGCCGUUUCGCACACCUAAGUCUGUGCGACGUGGCAUGCGCGUCUCAAAUGAACGUAUUUUGGGUACACCCGAUUAUUUGGCGCCAGAACUAUUGCUGAAACAGGGACACGGUCCUGCCGUGGAUUGGUGGGCGCUCGGCGUGUGCUUCUAUGAGUUUAUGACCGGCAUUCCACCGUUUAACGAUGAAACGCCUCAGAAAGUAUUUGACAACAUUCUUAACAAGAAUAUUGAAUGGCCGGAAGGCGAUGAGGCUUUGUCACCGGACGCCGUGGAGGCUGUGGAACUAAUGUUGACCAUGGAGCCCGCGGAACGUCCAGCUGCUAAGGAAGUGCAGCAGAUGCGGUAUUUUGCCGACAUAGAUUGGGAGAACAUUGGACACAUGGAGCCGCCAUUUGUUCCUACGCCCGAUAAUCCCACCGACACUGGCUACUUUGAGGCGCGGAACAAUUUGCAGCAUCUGCAACUGUCCAACUUUGCACUCGAUGACUGAAUGCUGUCCUCUGGCGGAGCCGCGGCUGCAAAACUAUCAACCCACUAUCUAUAAACAAAAUUUCAACUUUUUAAUUGUAUCAUAAUGUGUUAAGUGUUAUUUAUAUGCUAGCUAUAGAAAAAUUUGUGCUUGUGUAAGUUUAUUUUAAUAUAUAAAUAUUUUGUUAUAUCGUU